UCGCUUCCGGUGAGCUAUCGAACGGCCGGGGGCGGCGAUCGGCGAUUCCCGCAGCCAGAAUGGCGCUGUGGCUCCCGCGGUACCGGGACGGCAGCGCCGCGGUGGAAGAAGACGAGCAGCGGGAGCUGUCUCCGGGCUCCCGACAGCGCCUGCAGACCUAUAGCCAAGAGAUCGAAUUAGCCUGCCAAAAAGAGAAAGAGUUCGUGAAGCACUCUGUAGAAUGCACAUGGAAUCUUGCAGAAGCCCAGCAAAAACUUGGUAGCUUAGCACUGCAUAAUGCAGAAUCCUACGAUCAAGAACAUGCUCAAUCAAAGACUGAAGUUGCAGAGCUGAGAUGGAGAGAGGAGGAGUGGCGAAGAAAAGAAGAAGCACUAAACCAAGGGGAAAGACAGGACCUAUGGAACACAGAUCUUGUUAGUAAGGAGGUAUUUAAUAAGAGUUUUAUUAAUCAGAAAAGAAAAGAAACAGAAGAUGAAGAUGCAGCUGAGUCAUUUAUGAAAAAACAUGAACAAAAGAUUAGACACUUUGGUAUGAUGAGAAGAUGGGAUGAUAGUCAAAGGUUUCUGUCUGACCACCCAUAUCUUGUAAGUGAAGAAACAUCUAAGUAUCUCAUGUUAUGGUGCUUUCAUCUAGAAGCUGAACAGAAAAGAGCUCUGAUGGAACAAGUAGCACACCAAGCAGUAGUAAUGCAGUUUAUUAUUGAAAUUGCCAAAAACUGCAAUGUGGAUCCAAGAGGCUGUUUUCGUCUAUUUUUCCAAAAAGCCAAAACAGGAGAAGGCUAUUUUGAGGCAUUUAAAAGUGAACUUGAGGCAUUCAAGACAAGAGUAAGAAUCUGGUCGCAAUCAGAUAGCUUUCAGGCUAUCUUACUAUAUAAUCCCACUAUCAAUCCUAGUCUUGUAGAACAGCUGACAUCUUUGUCACAGGUAAGUUUAUUACUUCUAGAAAUGAACUUAACCAAAUUGGGAUUAAUUCCUAUGUUGAGAAGUUGUACCUUUCUGCAAUUAAAGAGAAUUAUUCCUAGAAUAGAGCACUCAAGAUAUAACUUCCAGUAUUAUCAAUAUACAAGGCAUAUAUAUACUCUUUUCACCUGUUAGAACUUGUCUGGAGGAGGAUCAGGGGAGACCUUAUAGCUCUCUACAACUAUAUGAAAGGAGGUUGUGGCUAGGUGGAGGUCAGCCUCUUCUUCUGCGUAACUAUAGGACUAGAGGCAAUGGCCUCAAGUUGCACCAGGGUAGGUUCAGGUUGGGCAUUAGAAGAAGUGGAGAAGUGUUGGUGGUAGGUGGAUGGCUGGACUAGAUGAUCUUGGAGGUCUUUUCCAAUCUUGGUGAUCCUGUGAUUCUGCAUCAGGAGAAGGUGAAAAGCAAAUGUUCAGCACCUUUCUAUUUUUGUUGAAAAAGAAAUGCUGCCUCAUAAAGCUGAUGCAAUGAUAGAAUUGUAUUCACACCUUACCACAAGCAGGGGAAGAGGCUUUUAGGUUAAAAUAAUCAAUGCAAUUCAUAGGAUCCUUCAGCUAAGUGAAGCCUGAAGAUCGCCUGUUGUCACAGAAGAAAGCUUAAGGUUGCUUACAUGUUUUGUUAGACUACUAGUGAUGGCCAUAUCCUGGAAUGAAGAAGCAACUGAAAAGAUCUUCGAAAAUCAGAUAUUAGAGAAGGAGAUAUAGUUGAAACUACUUAGCUUUAGUUUUAAUUUGAUUAAAGUACUUUUCAGACAAGCUCCAUAGUUAAAUUCUAGUUAAUGUACAGUCUACAGUGCUAGAAAUACACCAAACACAAUCUGUGCUAACUUAAAUUUAAAAAAAAGAAAAAAGGCACUUUAACACAGUGCAGUAGUAUUGGGUAAUGAAUUUUUGUAAGCUUAUUUUAUUAGUAUUGCAUGUUUGUCUCAUCUUAAGGUAGGCAAUAUGAAGAGUCUCUCUUCAAGCUAGAAGUUCUCCUUUCUCCCUGCGGUUGUGGAGAAUUAAGCUGUCGAUUUUUCAUCUGUUGCAGAACACAGGUGAUCUACAAGGUUCCAUAAAUACAAAUGUCUGCAGUUUAAACUCUGUGAUACAAAGAGAUGAAGAAGAAUCCAAAAUGAUGGACACAGUAUAGCAUUGUUAAGACUGAGGCCAAGUACCUUUUUUUUUUUCUUAACAAAGGAAAGAACAUGGCUAUUUUCUUGACACUUA